CAUACGCUCAGUGCGCAGAACCAGAGGCAGAGAGAAGCAGCGCGCGACAGCGCUCGUGCCCUCGUGCUGAAGGUGACGAGUAGCGGAACUGCGAGCAGGCAAGGAGAGAGAGAGAGAGAGAGAGAGAGAGAGAGUCGCAGCAGCAGUAACGGCUCGGCGCGCGCAGCCUCACGCGACAGCUCUAAAAGUCCUCGUGCAGAAGGUGACGCGAUGCUCCGCGCCGUCAUGCUGCUGGUGUGUGUGUGCGCGGCGGUGAUCACCGGAGCGGCCGCCCGCCAGGACAACGGAAAUUUUCUCGACGACAAAUGGCUGACGGCUCGAUGGGACAAAUUCCGUGACGAGCCGGGAUCGUGGAACCCUGGGAAGCCGCUUGAUCAAGCUCUGGAUCCUGCCAAAGACCCCUGCUUGAAGAUUAAAUGCGGCCGACACAAGCAGUGCGUGGCCGAAGACUACAAAAAGCCGACCUGCGUUAGCCAGUCGAGCUUAAAGAGCACAAGCCUCAAGCCUCCGCUGGUGAAGUGUAAGAGAUGUCCGCUGGUACAUCCUGCACCAGUGUGUGGGACAGACGGACACACUUAUUCCACCAAGUGUCAAAUGGAGUAUCAGGCAUGUAUCUCUGGAACACAGAUUGCAGUGAAGUGUUCAGGACAGUGCCCAUGUGUGUUAGAAAUAAACAAAGCUCUGGAGAAGAAAGAGUGCACUGAUGCUGAACUGAGCAAAGUGGUGAGCAGACUGAGGGACUGGAGCAGAGAUGGGUACGAGAGCAGCAAGAAGCUGAAGCUCCUCAGACCAGAAAUGAUGGACAUAACUAAGGCACCCAUCUGUAAAGGCUCCCUGGGCUGGAUGUUCACCAGACUGGACAUGAACUUUGAUCUUCACCUGGAUCAGUCAGAACUGGCCGGUCUCCUCCUGGAGAAGGAAGACGCAUGCACAAAGACCUUCCUCAGGUCAUGUGACCUGGGCCGAGACCAGCUCAUCUCCAGCAAAGAGUGGUGCUCGUGCUUCCAGAGACACCUGGAGUCUCCCUGCCAGUCACAGAUUAUUAACAUCCACAAACAGCAAGCUAGGAAGAAACUACUGGGUCAGUACAUCCCCUCCUGCGACGAGGACGGCUUCUAUAAGCCUCACCAGUGCCAUGGCAGCAGUGGACUGUGCUGGUGUGUGGAUCGCUAUGGAAACAAGGUCGCCGGGUCACGCAGGAUGGGACCGGCCGAAUGCGCACUGGAGGGUUCAGGAGACUUCGGGAGCGGGGACUCGUUGCUCUCCGAUGACGAAGACGACGCCAUCCUGAACGAUCAGGAGGACAUGGGAGACGACGAAGAAUACGACGACGACGACGACGAUGACGGAUACCUGUCGUAAUCGUCGUUACGCUUAUUUUUUUUUCUUUCUGCUUUUUUUUUUUUUUUUUUUCUAAAAGAGGAAGGAGAAACCAAAAGCACGUUUUUAGGCGUCACUUGUAGAAAACGAAGUACUAAUAUUACUAAUGGCUUAGAUAAAGGUAUAUUUCCCUCUCGCUGUGUAACAUUUGUAUUUUACAGAAAAGAAAAAUAAUAGAACUGAUCAAUACGACGCGUUUUAUUUUUGUUAUUUUGAUGUUGUUGGGCGUUUUCGAGAGAGUGGGUCUGCUGUAUCCCUUUGGGGCAGGAAGUAGGAAUGAUCUCACACACACACACACAAAAUAACACAGAACACACACAACAUACAUACAGAAAGUCUUACUUUGAGUAAGACUCAUUAGACUACCUUUCUGAAGGGAUAUGUGAACCCACACACACACACACACACACACACAGUGGCAUAUUUGCAGCAGAAUUUCUUCUAGUUCCAUGUGUGUCCUUGUUUCGCUGUACCUUACAGACUUCAUUGCACUGUUUUUUGGCUCUAAAUGGCGAAUAUAGAAUACGUAAACUCAGCACGGAGGAUUCGGGAUUAACACAUUUCUACCUAAAAAGCAAAGCAGCUCUAUUUUAACAAGAUUAUUGUCCAUUGUUCUUGAAUCCUCUGCAUUUAUAACACACACACACACAGUGUAAUUACAACAGACAAAAAAAAGUUUAAAAGAACCUGUUUAUUCAGAUCGUCAUGAAUGAAUGAUGUCGUCGAAGAUAUUUGUGAAUAUUCAUUUGGUCAGUAGUAGGAAAAAAAAUCAACAACAGGAAGUUACUGUUGCUAUGGAGACCACAGCAGCUUGCCAUGCAUUCUAGUUAUUAAUCUCAUUUAUUAAUGAACAACAUAUCGUACUUUUUAUCCGUUUAACGUUGCUGGAUCACCAUCAUUUUUUCUCUCUUUUGAAAUUAAUAAGACUAAUAAAAUGCAGCAUUGACACUAAAGACUCCAUCCAAAUUAUUCGCAAUGUACAUCUAAUGUGGUUUUUUUUUCACUUUAUCCGAGUAAAAAUAAUAAAGAACAUAUCGAACUCGACACUAAAUGAAUGAUGAGGGAUGAUGAUGCCUCCAGACACCAACAAGGGUAACAUUAACCCUAACCCUAACACUCUAAUCAUUGGCUCAGUUCACAAAUCAAGACAAUUAGGUGAGAAAACUAGCAUAAGUCAAUGAAUUGUUUGAUUAUUAGGUGAAUUAGCAAACAUUUGGCUGUUCUUGAGAUCCUGUUUGUCAAUGGCAGAGGAAGAAACUGUGUAGUUCUGAAAUUAACCAGCAAUUGCUUAGGUAUGACUGCAUCUUUUUAAGAGAAUUUGCACUUUUGUUUUUGAGGUCUGUAUGAGACUAAAGUUAAGGCUUUUCUCAGUCUUGACUCAUUUGAACUCCAUCAUGAGCCUAUGGAACUCCAUCUUAAAUCAUUGAAUCAUCAAACUCAGAUCUUGACUCACUGGAACUCUGACUCAUCUGAACUGAAUCUUGACUAGUUUGAACUUGAUCUUGACGCAUUUGCACUGCAUCCUGACUCAUUUGAACUGCAUCUUGACACAUCUGAACUCAAUCCUGAUUCAUUUGAACUGCGUCUUGACUCAUUUGAACUCCAUCUUGACUCACUGGAACUCCAUCUUGACUCAUUUGAACUUCGUCUUGAUUCAUCUGAACUGCAUCUUGACUCAUUUGAACUCCUUCUUGUCUCAUUUGAACUGCAUCUUGACUCAUUUGAACUCUAUCUUGACUCAUUGGAACUUCGUCUUGAUUCAUCUGAACUGCAUCUUGACUCAUUGGAAAUCCAUCUUGACCCAUUUGAACUGCAUCUUGACUCAUUUGAACUCCAUCUUGACUCAUUUGAACUCCAUCUUGACUCAUUUGAACUCCAUCUUGACUCAUCUGAAAUGCAUCUUGACUCAUUUGAACUGCAUCUUGACUCAUUGGAACUCCAUCUUGACUCAUUUGAACUUUGUCUUGAUUCAUUUUGAAAAACUCCAUUUUGAAUCUUUUCAACUCAGUCUUGACUGAUAUGAGCUCCAACGUGACUCAUUUGAACUCCAUCAUGAGUCAUUAUAACUCCAUCUUUAAUCGUUUCAACUAAGUGUUGACUCAUUGGAACCCAGAUGUUUCUGGGGUUACACAUUUGGACUUUAUCUUGACUCAUUUGAACUUCGUCUUUAUUCAUUUUGAGGAACUCCAUUUUCAGUCAUUUCAACUCAGUCUUGAGCUCCAACGUGACUCAUUUGAACUCCAUCAUGAGUCACUGGAUCUCCAUCUUUAAUCGUUUCAACUAAGUCUUGACUAAUUGGAACUCUUGGACUCAUUUGAACUUCAGCUUGAUUCAUUUGACCUUGAUAGUGACUCAUUUGGAAGCAUUUGACUCAUUUGAACUUCAGCUUGAUUCAUUUGAACUUGAUCUUGACUCAUUGGAAGCCUUUGAUUUGUGUGAACUUCAACUUGACUCACUUGAACUGAAUCUUGACUCAUUUGAACUCGAUCUUGACUCAUUGGAACUCGUUAACUCAUUUAAACUUUUUUAAACUCAUUUGACUCCAAUUUGACUCAUUUAAACUCCAACUUGACUCAUUUGAACUCGAUCUUGACUCAUCAGUACUUAUUUAAACUGAUUCACAAACUUCACAAAUGUGGUGAAUAAAAAAAAAACAACAACAUUGGAGUUACUCCUUUAACACAGAGCGACAUGUGAGAGACACUUUGACUCAGUGGCUGAUGAGAUACAAUUAUAAUCACACACACACACACACACGCACACAUACACACACACACACAGGCAUCUGUGUUUGUGCUCCAGCUUUUGGGGGCGACGCCAAACCUGAGAUCAGACUCAUUGAAGCGUUGUUGGUGUGUGUGUGUGUGUCUGUGUCUCACCCACACACACCCACACACACACACACAGACACACACACAGAGUUUUUUGUUGUUAUGUGUCAUCUGUUAGUUGUCCUGAGAUGUACAGUGCCUUUGAGUAGAAGAGAAAGAAACUUCUAGGGAAUUUUAGCCUACAGUGUCGUUCCAUUCAGUUUUUUUUUGUUUUUUUUUUCUUUUUCACGUCGCUGUGUUCCUCCGUGUUUUUGCAACCGACAGAAGUUCCAGAUGUUCAGUCUGCCUGUGUCUGUAGUGUCGCUUUCAUGAUCUCUUGAUUUGAUCUGGAGUUCGAUUUAAUCGCGUUUCACGUUCACAUCUACGUCAGAACAAAAUAUAGAAACUAUAAAAAAAUCCCCUUACCUACAUCUGUCCAGCUGUUGCUAUAGAAAUUCCAAAUGCAUUUUUUUUACAGUGUAUGUAAUAUUUGCUGAAAUAAAGUUCUAUCAACCUGAA